CAUGAACCACCUAUCUAGCAGAGUUGCAACGACAGCCUGCGAGUGCGCUCGUUAAGCGCUCCUUUUCGUUGCUGGUGGUUGCUGGUUGCCAAAUGGCGAACAGCCUGUCUCCGAUACGAAAGGAAACGGGAUGAGGGGGCGCAAGGGGGAGGAGGCUGUGUGGGUCCGUGCACCAAUAAUUUGGCGACCUAUCCUGCCCUCGGCCGCCGCUCAGCUCAAGGACCCCCUCACCCGACUACCUCUCCAGACAGCCCAGACACCAGCGCGCGAGGUAAAGCUCACAGUCUUGCAAGGACGACGACGUCUUUCGGAGGGGAGGAGGCAACAAGCUUCUGGCGAGGUGGCUGCCCUCUCUCUCUCUCUUUCUUUCGUCGCUCAAGACCCUUUCGCAACGGACCGCUCACUACCUCGCCCGCUUUGACUCACUCGCUUCACCUACCUUGAACGCACGCAUCCACAAUCAUCGCCCCAUUCUCCUUUCAUCAGUACGGCCACAAGGCACGUACGCAAAGAGGCAUACACAUAAACCAACAUAACCACACACGCAAUCAAGAUGGGCAUGGUUCAUCGCGAGUAC